CAAAAAAAACAGCGAGCUAACCGUUUCAGCUUUGCACGGUCCAAGAUUUACCUGCUUAAAAACUAAAGAAGCUUGUAUUUUUGCCCUCUCCACCUUUUCCAGCAUUUCCACUAUGGCGGAAGGUGGUGAUGUGGAAUGGGAGCUAAGCAAAGAAAACAUUCAACCACUAAGGCGGGGAAGAGACAUAUCUGCCUUACAUCAAGCCUUAAGUCAGCAACAAGAUGGACCCACAUCAGCCAUAAACCAGCAGAGACAAACAUUUGAGUCUGAGCUACGCAUGUAUGAUGGAGACGAUCCUCUUGGUGUUUGGGAUAGAUAUAUAAAGUGGACAGAACAGACUUUCCCACAGGGGGGGAAAGAAAGUAACCUCACAACACUGUUGGAGCGAGCUGUGACCAGAUUCACUGAAGACAAAAGAUAUCACAAUGAUCCUCGCUAUGUAGACCUCUGGGUCAAAUUUGCAGAAAACUGCCCCGAGCCCCUGGACAUCUACAGGUACAUGCAAGCUCAGGGAAUAGGGGUGAUGCAGGCUUCCCUUUAUAUUGCUUGGUCUGAAGAAUAUGAAAAGCAGGGCAACUUUCGCAAAGCAGACCUCGUAUAUAAAGAAGGCUUCACCAAGAGUGCAGAGCCACAUGACAAGCUUCUCCAGUUUCACAGGGCUCUGCAGGCACGUGUGUCCCGGCAGGUAUUGAUGACUGUGCAUGAUGACAGCAGUGACGACGAGCCCCAACAACCUGAGAGAGUUUCUUUAGCUGAUCUCAAACACAGAGGAAAGAAAAAGGCAGUUGCUCCUGUCAACAGAACUGGGCCAGCAAUCAAAAGCAUUUCUGGAGGCCUGCAGUCCCGUGGUGCCCCGGUUCUCGGCAAUGUUUCGAACAGUCGAGUGGUGAUCUUUGACGAGAACAAAAACCAGAGCGCCGACUCGUCAGAAUUCACCGGCUCAUCAGAACUUGAGCGGGAUCCUUGGUCGGCUCUUCCUACAUCAAGAGCAAAAGAGAAUGAGCAGAAGCCUGAAAGAUGGUGUGAUGUUAAGGUACGGCAGAAAACAAAAUUUGGACAUGCAGUUAUGGCUCCUCCGCCUCCCAAACCAAACUUUCAACCAUUUGUUGAGGAGUCAACCCAGCCUCCAGUAAUGACCCCGUGUAAGAUCAACCCAGCAGUGAACACAGUUCUGUCGGCGCGUAAGCCAAGCAAAGAAGAAACUCCUUUGAAAAGACUGCAGGACCAUCAGCAGCUCCAAAAAGAAGCAGAAGUGGGGAAAGUGCAGGAGCAGAGCAUGUACUGUAAAGAGCUGCUGCUCAGGGGCGCCACAGAGUUCUGCUUCGAGGAGCUGCGCGCUGAACGAUACUUCAUGAAGAUAUUUCAACACUCGCAAAGUGCCAAACAGGAAACAGACCAAGCUUCAGCUUGAUUCACACUUUUACAAAGACUUUAUAUCAUGUGACCACUUCAUGUUUUUGUGUUUAAUUUUUCUGAGUUUUUUUUUUUUGUCUUUUAAGAAUGUUAAUUUCUUUACACGGUUUAAAGAUCUUUAAACUGCUCUUUAUAGUUGUGCUUGUUUUAAAAACGCAGUGAGAAGAAACUCCUGCUUUAUUUUUUUUGGCAUAAAAUCCCAGAAUGGUCAACUGAAUAUAUUGUCAAAUACACAAACAGUUUUAAAUAUGUAAAUAGUGUUUUAUAUAAGCUUUUUUUUGUUUUUAUAGGUGUUUGGCUAUGUUUUUUUUUUGUUUUUGUUUAACAGAGUUUUCUGUUGCAACUUCUUGUCUUCACAAAAAAAUUCCAGUUUUCAUCUUUAUGUGUUUCCCUUUAUUGCUUUGUUCUCUAAAACUGCUUAUCAGAUAUGCUGUUUACUUUUACAGCUUUUAUCAUUCAGUUUUGCUUUUCAUAUAUAUAUAUAUAUAUAUAUAUAUACCGCUUAUGGUAGUAAGAAUGUAUUCAGUUUUUUGGUCGUAGAUUCUGAAUUAAUGUUCCUUUCAUGCCUAAUAAACCUUCUAAGCACCUCA